AUGGAGCCUGUGCCGCUGCAGGACUUUGCGAGCAGCCUGGACCCCGCCUCCCUUCCGCGCGUGCUGCGGGUCUGCUCCGGAGUCUACUUCGAGGGUUCCGUCUAUGAGCUCUUUGGGAAUGAAUGUUGCCUCUCCACGGGGGACCUAAUCAAGGUCACCCAUGUCCACCUCGAGAAGGUUGUGUGUGAGAACCCAGAGACGGGUCAGACGUUGGAGCUCAACCCCAAUUUCACAGGCCUCUUCAGCACACUCACCAGCCUGCAGAGCUACAGAACCCUGGAGGAUCUCGUCUCCGCCAUGCCCCAGAACUCCACACAGUGUCCCAUUUACUUCAAGUCAACUCAAAGAAUUGUCACGGAGGCCAGGGUGGUGCCUGAGGAUCAGCCCCUCAGACUUGAGGCCGUGGAAGUACACCACGGGACCCGCUAUGCACGCUGUGUGCAGGCCUCACAGACCCAGGAGAUCAUCCUUCAUCUGCCCCUUUCCCAGAAGGGACCCUUCUGGAGAUGCAAGCCCAGUGCUCCACAAACCCUGCUCCAAGUCCUGCAGGACCCAGCUAUGAAGGGCCUUAGGCUCACCUGCCCCAGCCUCCCCUGGGCCUCUGUGAUACUAAAGCCCCAGUACCAGCUCCAGGCCAUCAUGCACAUGCGCAGCAGCAUCGUCAAGAUCCCGUCUACUCUGGAGGUGGAGGUAGAAGAUGUCACAGCCUCUUCCCAGCACGUCCACUUCUUCAAACCAUUGCGGCUGAGCGAGUUGCUGGCCCGGGGAGGCCCCUUCCCUCUGUCCACGGAGAUCCUGGAGGUUCCUGAUGGUCCACCCAUCUUCCUCAGCCCGUGGAUGAGCUUCCUACGCAAAGGCCAGAGGCUUUGCAUCUAUGGUCCAGCCUCAUCACCCUGGCGGGUUGUGGCCUCAAGCAAGAGCCGAAAAGUUCCCAGAUACUUCUUGCUCUCCGGAGCCUACCAGGGCAAGCUCAAACGGAGGCCAAGGGAGUUCCCCACGGCCUAUGACCUUUUGGGCGCUCUCCAGCCAGGCCGGCCCCUCCGGGUGGUGGCCACAAAAGACUGUGAUGGGAACGAAGAGGAGAAUCCUGAGUUUUCUUUCUUGGCUGUGGGUGAUCGGCUGGAGGUGUUGAGGUCCGGCCAGGUCUGUGGGGCCCAAGGGCAGGACAUAGAUGUCUUGAUAUGUCAGCGGCUGAAUGAGCAGUCUGGGGAGGAGGAGGAGGAGGAAGAGGAGGAAGAGGAGGAGGUAGAGGACAAAGAACAGGUUCUGCUACCCCUCUACCUCUCUGGUAGCUUUGUGGAGGAGGUAAAUGACAGCCGACGCUAUAGCCUAGCAGAUCUCACCUCCCAGUAUACCCUGCCCUGUGAGGUCAAGGUGGUGGCCAAAGAUUCCCAUCACCCCACUGACCCUCUGACCUCCUUCCCUGGCUUGCGCCUGGAGGAGAAGCUCACAGAGCCCUUUUUGGUGGUAAGCCUGGACUCCCAGCCGGAAAUGUGCUUCGAGAUCCCUCCCAGGUGGCUGGAUCUGACUGUGGUGGAGAUUGAGGGACAGCCAGGCCAGGUGGCUGGGCCGCUGUCUGUCCCUACGGUGGAGGAACUGUCAGAAGCAUUUUACUACGGCCUCCGGAAGCUGCCAGUCUCUGGGAACCAAGCUCCCCCGCCCAGGCCCCCGAAGAAGCAGCAGAACACACAGCGCUGUAAGGAGGGUGGCGUAAAGGCUCGAGCUGUAGAACCGAAGCCAUCCUGCCCACAGCUUGAACGCAAGGCGAAGACCUUGGAAGCCUUCCCCGUGAACAAGUCAAGUGUGUACAGCAAGAUUUCUGACAAGAAAGACCGCAAAUCCAAUCCCCAAGCAAAGAAUUCAGUGCUGAGUAUGAAACCCAAAUCCUCGAGCUCGCUGGGCAAGUACUCCACCGCUGAGUCACAUCUCCCGCCUGACCCAGAUAUAGAUGACCACGACUAUGAAGAAAUUUGAGCACUUUCAGAAAAACAUCAUCUAGGUGCUGGGGGAAAGCCACACUU